GCGUGUGUAGGUUAUUACUCUUUUAAAAGUAUUUUUAUUGUACACAUGUAAGUACAGUAUUUUGCAGUAAAUUGAAAAUAAUGGCGUCGUCUACAGGAUAUUGGUGUGUCAUCGAAAGUGACCCGGGUGUUUUUACAGAAUUAAUUAAAGAAUUCGGCGCAAAAGGAGCUCAAGUUGAAGAAUUAUGGAGUUUGGAUGAAGAUCAAUUUGAACCACUCAAACCAAUUCAUGGGUUAAUAUUUUUAUUCAAAUGGGUUCAAGGUGAAGAACCAGCAGGACCUAUUGUAAAAGAUAACAGAUUAGACAAAAUAUUUUUUGCUAAACAGGUAAUAGGCAACGUUUGCGCUACACAGGCUAUUUUAAGUAUUUUAUUAAAUUGCAAACAUUCCGAUGUAUCGAUCGGUCCGAAUUUAGAAGAAUUUAAAAAUUUUUGUCAAAGUUUUGAUCCGACAAUACGUGGACUUACUUUAAGUAAUUCUGAUGUUAUAAGAGAUGCUCAUAAUAUGUUCGCAAGGCAAACAUUUUUUGAAUAUGACCAGAAGCAAGAAAACAAUGAUUCUGAUGUUUUUCAUUACGUAAGUUACGUCCCUAUUGAUGGAAGAUUAUAUGAAUUAGAUGGUCUCAAGGACGGUCCUGUAGAUUUAGGUCCUUGUCCUACUGGAGAGGAAUGGGUUCAAGCAGCUAAACCAAUUAUUCAAAAAAGAAUUAAUAAAUACAAUGAAGGAGAAAUUCGAUUCAAUUUGAUGGCGAUUGUUUCUGAUCGAAAAAUGCUUUACGAGAGACAAAAACUCAGUACUUGUGAUCCAGCAGAAGUUGCACGACUAGAAUCGCUUAUUGAAGAUGAAAUUAACAAAUCGAAAAGAUAUAAAAUUGAAAACGCGCGACGUAAACACAAUUAUCUUCCUUUGAUUGUUGAAUUAUUAAAAGUACUUGCUAAAGAAGGUAAACUUGUUCCUCUUUAUCAGAAAGCCAAAGAACGAGCUAUUGAAAAACGAUCAAAAAAAAGUAACGCCUAAUUUUUACAUUUAAAAAGCAUUUACUUAUAAUGUAAUUCAAAAUUAUGUACCUGAAGAUCGGAAGGUUAUAUGCGGAACGAAAAUAAAAAAACGAAAUGAGAAGUAAAAAAUCUACUGGAUUUAGAUUUCUUAAAUUUUU